CCCAUAAAUAAUAAAUCGUGAUGACAUCCGCCAACCCGUGAAACUUACGCAAUGAAGAAACAUUUUAUAUCCUUUAUUCUAUUUUCGUUGUAUUUUCGAGAUUUUUGUUCUUCUUUGCGAUGGAUAGCAGAAGAGGAAAUUAAAGCAUACGGUAUGUAUCGCGAUGUCAAACUUACCAGGUAUGACAUUUCACCUGGAACCAAGCAAGUUACAUGGGAUUUUCGACCAAGGCGGUACCCAGCUAAUUGUGAAGAAGUGCCCAUUUAUGUAGUUUUACAGUAUGGUAGCAUUCCUUCCUUGAAUCCAAAUAAUGAAACAUAUCCUAAAUAUUUUGACGUGGACACAAGUCAUCAAACUCGUGUGACACUGAAGCCUGAUAACACUUCGCAAUUUCUAAACAUAUCAUCACCGCGUCCCGGCUCUUGGUACAGUGCUAUUUACAGACCCUCAGAGGAGGGAAAAAUUGUUCAGAGUGGUUUAUCAAGAAGUUGUAAAUAUUACCUGUCUCUAGCGUAUGAUACACCUGAAGAUGUUCAAUAUCUACCAGUACCUACCUCACAAUCUACUCAACUUACACUCACUGAUUCUAUAUCACAUAUCAAAUUUGAUGUUGAACCAGACACAUAUGAGUUUACGUUGUCGUUAAAUGAUUGUCAACCUGACUGUGAUGUUCAGAUUAUCUACCUUAAUCAACAACUUAACUCUUCUUUACCAAAUAUAGUCAAUUGUUCAACAGAUAAUGCUCCAUGUCAAUAUACAGUUAUCUCCCCUGAUAUUAAUUUGGCUCACCGAUUUGGAUUACGGACAAUCAACAGUUCAACUGUAAAUGUUACUCUUGAUAUCGAAGUCAAAGAAUGUGUUGGCCACGAAGAAAACGUCACUAACACAACCAGUUGUAUCUACUAUAAAACAUUAGACAGACUUCAGUUUAAUAACGAUUUUAACGUAGCAUUCACGUAUAUCAUCAACGAUACAAUUCAUCCAAUCAAAUUGAAUGUUACAAAAGAUGUUGUCAAUAUUCUACCGUUCGAUGUUCAGCCGAAUCUUGAUAUAGGAGGAACUCUGAAUUUAGAAUUAGCCUUGAAUUCUUUUCCCUUGGUAUGCUACUUAAAAUAUUAUUUUCUUGUCCACCGACUUUCGAAGAAACAGCAGACAAUCUAAAUGGGUCUGUCUGUAACACUGUUUACGACACAAUAACUUUCCUUCUCAUUGAGGUGCCGAGAAAAUUCAUCCAGAUUUUCCGGCAUGGUUCCGCCUUGUCAGUGAUGCAGGAUGGAGGGUCUGACAAGGACAGCUGUCUAGUCGUUUGGAUGGUCCGGUGUACACAUUGACGUGCACGUAAAAGAUCUCCUGACAGUUAGAAUUCGAUAUAAGAGCA